AUGUUGGUGAAGUUUCACUACUUGUGUAUCUCUCCUCCUUUCACUUCUCCCCUUCCCUCUCUUUCUCUCUCUCUAUAUAUAUCUUAUUCUUAUUCUUAUCUAUCUAUCUAUCUAUCUAUCUAUCUAUCUAUCUAUCGAAGCCUAUACACUAUCUAUCUAUCUAUCUAUCUAUCUAUCUAUCUACACCCUAUACAUCUCUCCAUCUAUCUAUCCAUCCAUCCAUCUAUCUAUCUAUCUAUCUAUCUAAGCCUAUACACUAUCUAUCUCAGCAAUACGCUAUCUAUCUAUCUAUCUAUCUAUCUAUCUAUCUAUCUAUCUAAGCCUAUACACUAUCUAUCUCAGCAAUUCUAUCUAUCUAUCUAUCUAUCUAUCUAUCUAUCUAUCUAUCUAUCUAUCUGCUUGUUCGUGUCUCUCGGUCGACGGGCUGGAAGCUGCUUAGAUGGCAGGCGCCCAUCCAUCACACGGACUGCAGCGCCGUCUAGCGGGACUCCCAAGCCUAACCGCAACGACCAGGUCAUAGCCGACAAUAAGUCAGUAAUAUAUUAUACGUAA